AUCAAACGAAUGAUGACAAUCUUGAUCAACCGAUGAACCCGACUCAUAUGAAUCUGCCAUGGGAACGACUCCAAACUAUGAUGAAUACUUUGGCAAGGCAACAAGAAUCUCAAUCGAAUAG